AUGCCCAAUCAGGCAUCCAGGAGGGGCAUCUCCGAACUACGAAUCGAUAUCAUACGCUUUAUCAUAGAAGGGGUUGAGAUCAUAGAUCUUUCUUACGCAAGGAACAACACGUUGUACAAUGCUCUGUCCCUCUACGGCAACACCAGUGCCCUCAAGUCUUCUAUUCAAAGAGAUGACGAGCAUCAGACCCGUUCCGGUUUCUCGAUAGGGGUCGUGGGCCUUCCAAAACAGAAUUGA